UCGGCUGCAUAUGGAGAUAUCUCGCGAGCCGAUUAUUUCUGGAUUUCUAGAGGACAGACUGAAAGAAUUAUAUUGUUUCACAGUGCCGAUCACAUGGUGCUUGACGUACUUUAUUAUUACUUUAUUCUUAAUCUCCGUUGAGAAUAGCUCUAACCGGUUGGACUGAGGUUUUAAAGCAAUGGAUCCAGUAACGAGGUGGACACCAAAACAGGUUGUUGACUGGAUGAGAGGUCUGGAUGACAGCCUACAACCGUAUGUGCACAACUUUGAGAGAGAAAAGAUUAAUGGAGAACAGCUACUGAAGAUCUCACAUCAGGACCUUGAGGAACUGGGCAUUGUCCGCAUUGGCCACCAGGAACUGGUUUUAGAGGCUGUAGAUCUCCUCUGUGCUCUGAACUAUGGUGUGGAGACAGAUAACUUGAAGAACCUGGUGCUGAAGAUGAAAGCUGUGACCAGCAGCCUUCACACUGCAACAUCAGAACGAAGGAAGAGCCCUACGUAUGCAAGCAACACGUCUAGCAAGCUCCCUCAGUCAGGGGAAUCACCAACUCUUUAA